AUGGCAGAAGAAAACAACACGAAAUCUUUGUCGGAAGCCAAGUCGGCGACGGUAUCUACUGGGUAUGCUUUCUGGACGUCAGGGAAGCCAAAGCAGCCAAAUGAGCCUAAUUGGUCAUACAAUAUGCGAGAAUUGUUGACUGUAAAAAAGUUUUCAGACUUGCAAAUUGACCAAGAAAAAUCUGAGCUGAAAAAGGGCCUGACUGCUCUAGACUUGAUAAUGAUUGGUAUCGGGGGAAUUAUCGGGUCGGGUAUCUUCGUUUUAACAGGUCAAGCGGCUGCCACGAGAGCUGGCCCAGCAGUUGUUAUAUCUUUUUUAAUAUCGGGCAUUGCAGCUAGUUUUGCUGCUUUGUCAUACUCAGAAAUGGUAUCGAUGAUACCCAUAGCUGGCUCGGCUUACACCUAUUCAUAUGCUACAAUGGGUGAAUUAGUGGCAUGGAUUAUUGGAUGGGAUUUGAUUUUGGAAUAUGCCGUUGCUAGUGCGGCUGUUGCUGUUGGCUGGUCAGCAUAUUUUACGAGAUUGUUUGAAGACGCCUUCAAUGUGGAAUUUAGUACAUCAUGGACAACUGCACCAUUCCAUUUUUCUACGGAUACACAUAAGUUUACACUUGUAGAAGGAGCGUACUUCAAUGUGCUCGCCUUCCUGAUUAUCAUUGUUCUGACCGCUAUCUUAACGAUUGGGAUCAAAGAAUCGUCGAGGGUUAAUACAAUAAUCGUGGCUCUUAAAGUUUUCGUGGUGCUUUUAUUCAUUUUAGUUGGGGCUCAUUAUGUUGAUCCAGGAAACUAUAAACCUUUUGUCCCACCUAAUAAAUCCGGCCGAUGGGACGAUUUUGGUGUCAGUGGAAUUUUCUCGGCCGCUUCAAUUGUAUUUUUCGCUUAUAUAGGGUUCGAUGCAGUUACCACAACUGCCCAGGAAUCCCGCAAUCCCCCUCGAGAUAUGCCAAUAGGUAUUAUUGGAAGUUUGCUGAUAUGUUCCAUAUUAUAUGUCGCAGUUUGCUUAGUAUUGACCGGACUUGUUCCCUACACAGAAUUGGAUAAUGCCGCGCCAAUUGCUGUAGCCGUCGGUAAACUUAACAUGAAGUGGCUUAUUAUUAUUAUUGAUUUGGGCGCUUUGGCAGGAUUAACUUCUGUCAUUCUAUGCAUGUUAAUGGGUCAGCCUCGAAUUUUCUAUGCGAUGGCAAACGAUGGACUCCUUCCUCCAAUUGCUGCAAAAGUACAUCCACGCUUUAAAACACCAUACGUCACCACUAUAAUUACAGGACUUUUUGUUUCUAUUCUCGCUGCAUUGCUUCCAAUUGAUGUCUUGGCUGAAUUGACGUCUGUUGGCACAUUAUUCGCCUUUUUCCUCGUGAAUAUCGGCGUGAUGAUUUUAAGGAUAACAGCGCCAGACAUACCACGGCCAUUUAAAGUUCCUGGAGGACCAUACUUUGUUCCGAUCGUUGGUGCUCUCUUCAGUAUAUUACUCUUGAUAACUUCAACGGCGGCUAGUAUUGAACGACUUUUUAUUUGGAUGGCAAUAGGACUGCUAAUUUAUAUCUUUUAUGGAAGGACUCAUUCGAAAUUACGACGUACGAGAAACAAUGAAAAUAUCACAGAUUUGGCGGAAGUUAAUAAUAGCAAUGAAGACUCGAGUGAACUAUUAAAAAAGUCGGUCAAUAAUUCAAUAGCAUAA